UUUAGUUUUUUAGUUGCCUAUGGCGUUAGCAGCAUCAAGUGGUCGACUUGGUGUGGACGCAUCAUUGGAACUAUCCUCUGACGAGGAGACUGGGUUGCGGCUGCCUUGGGGCAUUCGGAAGCGGCUUUUGCACAAGGGCACCGGACCGGAGAGACCAAUCAGCGGAGAUGAGGUCAAAGUGCACCUCCAAGGAAAGCUGCAAGAUGGUACAUCUAUCACCUCCAGUGAAGAGCCUUUCAGCUUUAUCAUCGAUGAGAGACCGCGGGAAGUUAUUCAGGGCUUAGAACUGGGUGUGCAGACCAUGACAAAAGGUGAAGUGGCGGAGUUCACGAUCGCGCCCAGGUUUGCCUAUGAUGACUUGGGUGCACCGCCAUUGGUUCCACCAGAUGCUACGCUAAUUUUUGAAGUGGAGCUUCUGGACUGGGAGAACAAGUCGGACGUACUAGGAGAUGGCCGUGCCAUCAAGACAGUCACAGAACGUGGUUCUGGCAAGCGGAAACCAGAGAUGGGACAGGAUGUGGAGUUGUCCCUGAAGGUGACAUCCAGAAAAGGCAUCAUUUUGCAUGAGCACCGCCAGAUGGAGCACACAGUGGGCGAACCAGACUUUGGGCAGAUCUCUCCGAUUCUGGUUGAGGUCCUCAGAAGCAUGAGCGAAGGAGAGCGAUGUAAUGUGUUGCUUCGGCGCUUUGCCGGCGAUAAAGUGGUUGACAACGCGCACAGUGGAGCCAACAUUGACAUCACCUUAAUGCGCAUCUUCGAAACAACCGACAUCUCCCCUGAGAAAGAUGGGUCGCUGCUGAAGAAAUGUUUGGUGACUGGCAGUGGAGCUCCGCCAAGAGCUUUUGAUCAGGUAUGUUUGCGGAUAGUCCAAGUGACUGAUGGCAAUGGCAAGAUGCGCAAAGCGCUCAGCGACGGUGGCCAAGUUCUGAACUUUGGUUUGGGUGAAGGUCAUGUGUCUGAUGCUUUGGACUUUGCUGCUGCAUCCAUGGUAGUGGGAGAAGAGGCUAAGCUCAUUUGCAAGGCUCCUCUCCAUUUUGCAGAAGCACAGCUAGGUCUAGACGCAUCACUUGAGAAAGCCAUCAUUCAUGCCAGUUUGCUAAGUGUGAGCCCUGGUCCCAACUUGGAGGAGCUCAAAGACGAAGACCUGGUGAAUGCUGCUGAAGGGCUGAAGGACAAAGCGGGAGCUCUAUUUAAAUCUCAACGGUUUGCUUUGGCACUGCAAGUUUACACGAGGCUGUGUUCGUCAUUGGAUGGAAAGCAGCAAUCAAAGGUCCAGAAGAUUCAGCGUCUUUGCGAGCUCAACCAAGCGGCUUGCUUUCUGAAGCUGGGGAAGCCACAGCAGGCCAAACAGUCUUGUGAUCGCGUUUUGGAGCACAAGGGUGCCGAGCCUGAGCGCCCACAACAGCUGAAAGCACUCUACCGGCGCGCAACUGCAGCAUUUCAGCUCUCAGACUUUGAAGGAUCCAUGAGAGAUUUGGUGGAACUGCUGAAGCUUCAGCCCAGCAACAGUGAGGCCCGUGCCUUAGCUGAGCAAGUUCGAGGGGCUCAACAGGGUUACGCCAAAGAGGCCAAAGCAGCUGCUGCGCGCAUGUUUGGUGCAAACCAAGCAGCCUCCGAGCAAGUCGUGGAGCAGGUGUCGCUACUGCAAAGACUCCUACCAUGUUUGCCGUGCCCCUCCUGGGAACGUGAGAACAAAAGCGCGCUGUGAGAGUUGCUGAAGUUGGUGCCGAUUUGCAGACAUAGACGAAGUCGCAAGCAUGCUUGUGUCCAACAUGGAUCCAGAUUUGUGUUCCAGAGAUGCUCGCACUCAGAACCUCAGUUGGUGAGGGCUUUCUUGAUCUUUUUGCCCGCAUAUUUUCCGCAGAGCCUACAUGGAAUCCAG